ACCUGUUUACAUUUCUUGUCAUUCUAAGAUGACUGUGUGGUGUAUUUAGCAUUAUUUCUUUCUUUCGGAACAGAUUUUCCCAGUUAUGGCGUCCCGCCGGGAUCCGGGAGGGACCAAGAAGCUCCUGGAGAUCCUCAGAGAAAAACAGAAACACCUCCAAGACGCCCCCUUUAGCAGUAACUACAUUGGGGUCCAACAGGCUCUGGACAGAACCAAAGAAAGUGCCAGUGAUAUCAAAGGUCUAAAGAGGAAAGUAGAGGAGGCAAAACGUUCAAAGGGACAGGACAAGGAAACGGAGGCACUAGAUGCUGAAUAUGAACUGCUUGAGGAUCUUGCACUACAGAAGAAACGUUGCUUGGAGACUCUUUUAUAUGUCGGCGAGGUGGAAAAUUUACUUCAGAAUGUUCAAACAGAGUUCGAGGAUCGAGCGCUCUACCUCACAGAAAGGAGGAAAGUUUUCGAGAGCAUGUACCGGGAAGACACGGUGGAGGCUUCGGCAAGAAUUCACAGGGAUUGUACCUAUGCUUUAAGAGGAACUUGGAACUGGAUGUCCCAAGUUACAAAGUGUCUUCAAAUUCACAUGACUAAUGCUGGCGAUUACCACCAGUUUUUCCAUGAUGUCCAGUUUCUGGAUGAAGAUUUGAGCCUCUUUUUGAAUUUAAUGAAUAGUGAUUCCAUGCGCACGCGCGUAGAAACUCAGGAUGCAGAAGUUAUGGGAAAACAUAUGAGGAGCAUCACAAACAAACUCUUAGACUUCCAGUGUCGGAUUGACAAAUUAAGUAACCAAGCCGGUGAAAUCUAUCCUAUCCACCUUAGAAGGGAAUCAUGUUCUUACCCACUAAAAGCCAAAUCACUUGUCUUCUACUGCCACGAAGAGGUAAAGUUGGAACUUGGGGAGGAGGUUUUGAUUCUGGACACAUCUGAUCAGGACAAAUGGCGGAUUCGCUGUAAAAAUGGCUCAGAAUCGGAAGUACCAGGAGUUAUUCUAGUGAUACCCCCUCCCGAUAAAAAAGCUGUUCAGCAAGUUCAAAGAAUCAAGGAACAGCUUGUGAUUCACUGGGACACUACACUCAGACGUCUUCGCACACAGCUGAUUCAGUUCAUCUCCAACAACAUCAAAGACACGCAGGAAAAAGAGCUUUCGCGGAUCUCUUCCGGGCAGAAGGCGGAGUUGAUGAGGUUAAUGAACGAGGCGGUGCAACUGCUCCGACCAUUGUCUAUUGAAGAUCCAGACUUCAAAGCCAUGAUGGCAAACGUUACAAACUUCAGAAAGAUCAUCAGUCAGAUCAAAUCGGGUGAUAAAGAUUAUACCAACGGAACAACGCAAAGAUGGCAGGCAAAUGCCAGGGUGCUGGUUCACUAUAAGGAGUUUUUGACAUAUGCAAAGACGUAUAAACAAGGACUCUCAGGAUCCAGAGAACAAGAAAAGCUUCUGUUGAAAGGAGCCGGUCAACGUAUUUACUCCUCAAAAGCUUAUUUCGAAAGAACUUUGCCAAUGGUGGAAGUAAACACCACAUCCUGCGAUACUUUACUCACAAGUGUUAAAGCAGAAAUGAUCAUUCAUGAAAGGCAGAAAAGUAAAAGACCCAAGCCUCCACCCCGUCGAAAAAGGCAAUUGAAAAAAGUUAUGUCCUCAGCACUACCAAAUGAUAUUAGCAGUGAUCUGCCAGAAUGCUCAGAAGAAGUGCAAGGUUUCACUAUUACUGGUGUGUUGGACCCAAGAUCCAAGCAGCGGUUGACAGUUUUCCAAGCCAUGGCUCAGGGAAUUCUGAAUCAGGCUCAUGGAACAUAUACUGACCCCACCACUGGUAAAUCCAUGUCCAUCCCAGAAGCCAUUCAUAAGGGACUUAUCACAGUGGAUACAAGGGAGAAUCUUCCUAACGGUCAUACACAAGAUGAUGGAUUUUCACCAAUGAGGAACACCUUAGAGACUGAGAUAUUCCCCGUUGCAGGGGUAAUAGAUCCUCGAACAGGAGAAUGGAUUGGAGUAAAAGAGGCAGUUUCUUUAGGUAUUCUGGAUCCUAAAUCAGGAAAAUACAAGAAUAUUGUGACAGGGGAAGAGUGCGAUCUUUUAGAGGCUGUAAAGAAUGGAUACAUUGUGGUUGAUCCUGCAGUACUAGAGGAUGCUGAAAAGAAGGAGUGCUUCACAUUUGUUGAUUUUGCAGAUGUUGGAUUCAGGGUCACUGGUGUUGUGGAUCCUGCUACAGGUGAUGAAAUACCUCUUAAACGUGCUAUGACAGACGGAGUUAUCGAUCUUGGUAACUCAUUGUAUAGAAAUCCUCAUACAGGAGAAACUAUUGCAAUUGAGGAUGCUAUCAGACAGGGACUUAUCAGGGGGCAUUACCUCACUCCAGGAGAGACUGCCAAUGGAGGGCCAGACGUGAUGAUUCUCAAACAGUUACAACUGAAGAAUCAGCGGUACAUUCCUGGAGAUCAUGAAGGUGCAGACGAUGUUGAUGGAUACAAACAAACACCAAAUUCUAUUAUGUUCAAUAAGCUGCGCGCUAGAAUUAAUCCAGAAGAACAAACUGUUCUUGAUCCCAGUGACUUGUCAAGCAUUUCACUGCAGGAAGCUUAUGAAAAGGGUGUAGUUGACUUUGCAAAAGGUGAAUACAGAUUGCCAAAUGGUGAAUGUUUGUCUUUAGAACAAGCAACUACCAGAAAUUUUAUGGAACCUUUAUUAUUGCAAGAAAUAUUGGGGAUUUAUAAAGAUUGCAGCGUGAAAAACUUAACAAAUGAAGGAAAGUUUGACCCAGAAACUGGCCUUGUCUUAGAUCCAGUCUCUGGAAAUUCAAUGUCUCUUCAAUCAGCAAUAGAUCAAAGAGUAAUUGAUCCUAAUCUUGUGUAUUUCUAUGAUGUGCCAUCACAAAAACUCACGAAUCUUGCAACGACCAUUGAAAACGGUUCAUAUGAUCCUUCUACGGGUAAGUACAAGAACAAAAAGGUUCCCCAGGCUAUAUCUUUGGAGCAGGCUGACAAAGUUGGAGUAGUUUUGUGUGAUAUUGAUCCCGAAAAAAUGACCAUGGAUGCAAAAACGUUAGAACGGCUUCAAAAAGUGAUGGAUACAAGCAUUCCUGUUAUGUCUGCACCAUAUUCCGAAAGCAGCGUUUCUUUGGAAGAAGCCAUCAAGGCAGGAUAUAUUGAUCUUCAGAAUGGUGUAGUAAAAGAUCUUCGUUCAGGUGAAGUGAUGUCUUUGGCUGAAGCCAUGCAAUCUUCAAAAAUAGAACCUUCAGCUGCUAAGAGCUUACUUGAUGCGUUGAAUAAACUCUCACUGAAUGAAAUGAUCCAAAAGGGUCAGAUUAAUCCCGAUAAAGGUCACUUUAUUCCUGGAGAUCGAUCCAGACCGAUCACCAUCCAGGAGGCUAUAGAUCGAGGUCUUAUACAUCCUGAAAAUGUGUACAUUGUAGACAAGGAGAAUAAUAACAUUCUUUCUCUCGAAACUUUGAUCAAAUCUGGACGGUUGGAUCCCAAAACUGGAAUGGUGAUAGAUCCUAAAACAGGAAGGGCUAUGUCUCUGUCAGAAGCUAUUGCUAACGGUAUUAUUGAUAGCAAAAUAUCUGCGGAUGACUUCGUUGAUACCUCUGUAACCCUGAAAGAAUUGAUAGAUUCCAGCAAAGUCAACCCAAGGUCUACAACUUUCGUGGCACCAAAUGACCAUAAAAUGUCUCUCAGAGAUGCAUUAGCCAAUGGCUUUCUCACCAUGAACUCCAACGUGAGGUUGGACCAGGAAACUGGAUGUGUGGUGCUCGCCGCUGAUGAAGAAAUUGUUCAGGCUUUGGUUGAUGUAAAGGAAAACUCAGACUGGAUGACUGAAACAGAAAAGAAACUUGCAUCCCAGAAGAAACCACAUCAACGGUUGGAAAAACUGCAAGAACAAUCAAAAGAAAUCAAGUUUAUGCAAGACGACAUGGUGAGGAGGAAGGCUGGUGUGACUGCGUCCAUCAAGCAGGCGGAGGAGCUCAUCGAUAACAAUCAGACGGACCGGAAGGAAGAUGGCGCUCAGCAGAUUCAAAAACUCCGCUUUAAUGUGUCUGAUCUUAAAAUCAGGUUCAAUGCUGCUUUUGGUGAAACUGAAAGCAGACGAAAGCGUUUCCAGAAAAUGACAGAGGACUUGGAACAGUUCUACAAGACAUUACAAGACAUCGACCAAUGGUUGGAUCAGGCAAUAGAGAAGUCACGUGACCUUCAAUCUUCCAAGGAUAACAUUUACAACCAAUAUAAUGAUUUUAAGGAAUUUGUCGAAGAAUUACAAGGGAAAGAAGUUGAAAUUUCGGGCUUUAUCAAGAUGGCUGAUGAUUUCCGAGAUACAGCACAGGAAUUCGAGAAAGAGGCUGAAGCUUAUCGUCAGCGAAUUCAGGUUCUGCCUCCCAUCAAGGAAGAAGUUGACAACAAUAUCAUCGAUGAUGAAAUCGAAUCUUUGGAAGAAAAGUACAAAGAUGUAUCACGUGACUGUUCUAAGCAUAUGGAAAGACUUGCUGCCUUGAUGAAACAGAAGAAAGGUUUCGAUGAUUUAAAGGACAAACUUUCUUCUGUUUAUCCUCAAAUCGAGGCUCGGCUUAGCAACAUUCAUGGAAAUGGUCUCGGAAAAAAUCCGGAAAAGGAUGCAAAAGACCUUGCAUCAAUUAAAGAUUUGAAAGCAGAUCUCAUAGGACAAGACAGAAAACUGAAGGAUUUUCUUCAAAGUGGUGAAAAAUUGGUCAAGGGUUUAAAUGAAAUAAACAUGAAGCAAAAAGCAGAAGAAGUUAAGAAAUCAAUGACUGAGAUGAAAGGAAAACACGAAGCUUUACAAGGUGAAAUAAGUGAGAAAGAAGAAGAGCUUUCGUCGGCUGUAUCUCAGCAGCAAAACCUUAGGAACCGUUUGGAUGGACUUUUGAGAUGGAUAUCAGAGACUGAGAACACGUUAGGAGAUCGACCAUUAAUUAGUCUGGACAAGGAUAGACUUGGCAAUCAGUUAAAGGAACAACGUCUCCUUAAUGGGGAAAUAGAAACAAACAAAACACUCUUGGAUAGGAUAUCUCGAGAAACUGGACAAAAUACCUCGGACGAUGAUGCAGAGGGUAUAAUCCUUGAACUGAAUGAAAGAAUGUUAGAAGUAGAGAAAGAGGCUGAUCAGAUAACCAUGGAAAUUGAAGACGUGGCAUGCAGUGUGUCCGAACUAGAGAACAACAUUGGUCAGAUGGACUCAUGGCUUACUGAUGCAAUUAGUUCGUUAAAAACGAGACAAAAGGGUGCAAAUCAGAAGGCUAUAAAGGCCAAGAUAGAUGUGUUAUAUAAUGACAAGCGGGAGAAAGAAUAUGAUAUGGAAAAACUCAGACAAUCAGCAAAACAGAUUAUGGAGGAUGAACGAGUUUGUGAUCAGUUUGCAAUGAAGGAAUGCCUUGGAGAGGUAGAAGUAAAAUGGCAUGAAUUAACGGAAUAUCUAGUGCAGCAGGUGUCGUUGGAGGCUCUAACGGAGAUUGAUGGAAUGUUGAAGUACCUAGAUAAAGCUGAAAAUGAAAUCAACACAGCAGAACCAGUCAAUGUUGAACCAGAAACUCUCACAAUUCAACUUCAUGACCACCAGUCAUUCAACAUGGAUCUAAAUCAAAAGAGAAAUGCAGUCAAAGACAUUAUCAACAAGUGUAACAGAAUGUUACGUGAAACUACCAAUGCCCAAACAGAUGAAAUCAAAUCAAGGCUAGAAAGCAUCAAAACACAGGCUGAUAUUGUCUGUCAGUUAAGUGCAGAGCGACUGCAUCAACUGGAAUCGGCCCUUCCUCUUGCAACACACUUCAGUGAAAACCAAACGGAGAUUCAUAGCUGGCUUGAUGAAAUGGAAGCAGAUUUAAAGGCUCAUUCUUCACCAGGAAACACUUUAGAACAAGUGAAAAAACAGUUGGAUAAUAUUAAGGACACUCAACAGAAGAUUGAGGAUCACAAACCUUUCCUAGAAGAUCUGAAUACCACGGGUUUGGAGUUAAUGGAGUUAUGUUGUGAAGAUGAUGCUGGAGAUAUUCAGACAAAACUUUUAAAAUACAAUGAACAAUAUGAAAAGCUUAAAACUCAAGCGAGAGAGAAAGCUAAGGAGCUUACAGUUGCUAGGAGUAAGAUGACUCAGGAGGUCUCAGAUUCAUUGGAUCACAUUUUAGGAGAUCUUGAGCAAUUGAACAGGGAUUUGGCAACAGCAGAUCCUGUGGCAGCAAGUCCUGAUAAAUUGCGAGACGAAAUCAGACAAAACAAUUUAUUACUAGAAGAUCUGGAAAACCAACGUCCAGCUAUUGCAGCAGCUGAUGGGGCUGUAAAGAAAGUUCUUGAUCAAGGAGUGGAUGAUCCUGCAGAAGCUGAAGACCUCAAGUUAAAGUUAACAGAAAUAGCAACGCUGAAUAAUCAAAACAGAGAGGCUGCUUUGAAAAGGGAAGCAGAAUUAUCUAGUGCCAUGAAGGUAGCAGAGAAGUUUUUUGACUCCUGUAAUGAAACAGUUUCUAACUUACGGGAUCUAAAGGACAAUUUCCUCUCUCAAGAACCACCAGGUGUAGAUUCCUCAACUGUUGAAGAACAACAAAAGGAACUAAAGGAAUUAAGAAAAGAACUUGGAAAAGCAAGACUUUCAUUUGAAGAGUGCAGACAAUUAGGAGAAGAACUUAGUGGACUGUGUAGUGACCCAGGUCUGAUGGAGAUCAGAAAACAGUUGGAAGACAUCCAUGUCUUAGCAGAUGAUGUGCAUGAUAUUGCACGUGACAGGGAAGAGGACCUAAAGAAGGCACUUGGCCACACUGAAAAAUUCCAAGAGCUCCAAGAAGCGAUUAUGACUUGGAUGCCUCUAACAGAACAAGCCCUUGAUGAUAUGGAGAUACCCUCCAGUAAUCCAAAGACUCUGAAAUCCCAAAUAGAGGAACUGAAGGUGUUUGCGAGUAACAUAUAUAUUGAACCUCAAGGGUCUAAUAAAUCUGACAUUCACCCUCAUGUGGCGGACAUUCAACAGUUAAAUCAAGAGUUAGCUACUCUUAAGGAUAUGUCUCCUGUAGCCGCCGAAGCCCUUCAGAGACCGGUGGAGGAAAUCAAUCAGAGAUGGACUGCUUUACUUAAAGGAAUCGCUGAUAGAGAGGCAAAGUUAAGUACAAUGCAGUUGAAGUUGGGUGAGCUGGAUGCUGGAAUAAACGAUAGCUUAGAUAGCUUAGAAAAGAUGCAAACAGAUCUAGAGAAGUUUGAAGGUGUUAAGGGUGAUCCUAAAUGUUUGGAAACAUACAUGAAAAAACUUCAGGUAAUGAACAACGAUUUGAAAAAUCAAGAUAAAAUGUGCAAGAAACUAAGUUCAGCUGUUGAUGCAAUCCAAGACUGUCCUGAGUUAAAGGAAAAAAGAGAUGUUAUGAAUGAACAGCUUCGGGCCACACAGGCCAACCUACGGGACAAGGAGGCAAAAUUGCAAGAAAAUCUUCGUCAAGUGAAAAAGUACCUUGGCGACUUGGACGAUGUGUAUCAGUGGGUGAAUGAUUUCCGAAAUGAGCUGAAAGCAGCCGUUCCUUGUGGAGCACUUCCGGAGACGUCAAAAGCCCAGUUUGAGUCUUUCAUGGCAAAAUAUGAGGAACUGGAAUCUAGAAACGAAGCAACUCAGGGACUUAUUGCUAAAGGACAAGAACUGGCCAAGUCUUGUUCUCCACAGGAUGCAUCUCAGAUUACGGAGAAAAUAAGGAAACUAGGAGAUCGCUGGCGAGACACUCAGGACCGUGCAGAAAAGAGAAAGGAUAAGCUUUCUGAACAUCUUCGUAAUGUUGGAGAGUUCCACGAUACACUGAAGACAUUUACCGAAUGGCUAAAUAAUGCCGAAAUUGCCAUGAGAUCAUUCAAAUAUCCCAGCAAAUUGGUGGAGAAAGUCACUGUACAGAUUGAAGAACAUAAUAAAUUAAAAACAGAGUUGGAACAACAUAUAGAGAAAAUGCAAAGUCUUGAAAAGAAUGGAAGCUAUCUUAAACACUUUGGAAAGAAACAAGAUACCAUAUAUAUAAAGAAUCUCCUUGUUGGAAUCAAGUUACGAUGGAAAAAGCUGAUGAGAAGAACAGAUGAGAGAGGACGUCUUCUUAGGUCGGCGUACAGAGAGGACAAGCGGUUUUAUGAUGCUUGGAAGAGCCUUUGUGACUGGCUUGAUGAAAGUUCCAAGACGAUGGCUCGAUUCAUGGUACCAGUAAACCAGGGAUCUGCCACCAAGCAGAACAUUGACGACCUAAAGAGGUUCCAACAUCAACUGGCAGCAAAACAUCAGGCAUUUUACUCAGCCACGAGACUUGGUAGAAAUCUUAAGGACAGGUGCACAAAGGCUGAUUCUGAACGAGAUGUCCUACAACAAAUGCUGGAUGAAUUGAAAAAUAAAUGGAACGCUGUCCGCUCUGUCGUAUCUAGGAGCCAAAACAAGCUAGACGAGGCGUUGUUGACAUCAGGAAGGGUGGCGGACGCUAUCAGUUCCCUCCUAGAAUGGCUAGGCAAAGCGGAGACGAGCCUGGCAGAGGAUCAGCCGAUUAUGGGUGACACAGACACCAUCCACAUGCUCAUUGAGCAGCACAAGACGAUGCAGCAGGAGCUUGGAGCGCGGGAACAAACGGUGGCAGCAAUGAAAGCCUCUGGCGAUAUUCCCGCUGCUCAUCUGGAAGAGCUGGAGACCACAUGGGACCGUGUCAACCAUUUGGCGGACAUCAGAGAAAGCCGUCUGCGAGAGUCGCUCAAACUGGCUGAAGAAUUCCAGGAUGCUGUUCAGAUAAUGAGAGAUUUCUUGCCACAGGCAGAAGCAGAAUUGAAAUUUAAAGCUUUGCCAGAUGACGAAAUGGCAAUAGUUCAAUUGAUUGAAAAACAUGAGAAAUUCCAAGAAGAGUUGCGGAAUCAUCAGGAAUGUAUAGACAAAAUCCGGGAAUUAGCAGAGGAGAUCUUACAGAAUUGCCACCCUAAUGCUAUUAGAUUUGUCAAAUAUUACCUCACUAUUACACAGACUCGCUGGGAUCAGCUCUUACAGAGAGCCAAGAACCAGGAGAAGCGUCUACAGGAGGAACUGAAGAACAUUCAGGGUAACGCUGCCCUAGUGGAGGAACUGCUUGCCUGGUUAACGGACGCCCAAGUUCUACUGUCCACCAAAGAGAGGGACCCAAUCCCAGACGAUCUGAAGGUCGUGGAGGACCUCUAUAAGGAACAUCUGGAAUUCCAUGAAGAGGUCACUAGUAAAAAUAAUGACGUGGAGAGGUUAACAAAGAUCCUGACACUAGAACCAAAAUCUCCAGGACGUCAUUAUGGCAGCAACAUGCGACUGAAUGAUCUGGACGGUUACAACCCACGCGUGCUCACUCUACAGAACAAGUGGAGGACGGUAUGGCGCAUGUCUGUAGACCGGAAGAAAGCUUUACAAGAUGCUCUAGACACUUUACAAGAGUUGGAGGGAUUGAAGACCUUUGACUUCGAAGUCUGGAAGACAAAGUAUUUGAACUGGAUAAAGGCCAAGAAGUUACGAAUAACUGAUUUCUUCCGACGACAGGACAAGGAUGGAGAUGGCUUUUUAUCUCGUGAUGAAUUUGUCAAUGGAAUGUUACAAACUCAUUUCCCGACAAAUAAAACUGAGCUUCAUGCUGUUUUUGACAUGUUUGCAAAAACAAACAGACAUUUCAUAGAAUAUAAAGAUUUUAUUGAAGCCAUGAAACCCGUUAGACAUCAAAAGACUCGAUUGAUGAGUGGAAAGAGGCAAAUGACGGACGCGGAACUUAUUCACGAUGAUAUAGAAAAAGAAAUCUCUCAAUGUCAGUGCAGGAAUCCAUUCCGUGCGGAGAUGAUUGACGAAGGCAAAUACAGAUUUGGAGAAAAACAGAACAUUCGAUUGGUGCGAUUCUUGAACAGUACAGUGAUGGUCCGUGUUGGAGGAGGAUGGGUCACUUUGGAUGAGUUCCUGGAAACCAAUGACCCAUGUCGAGCUAAAGGAAGAACAAACUAUGAUCUUAGAGACACAUUGUCACCAAACGGAAACUCAACUUUCCGGCCCCGCAGGGGCAGUGGAACAUACGGGUAUCGAUCAAAAUUAAACGACACCGGAUAUGCAUCCUCUACGUCUUCAGCUGGCAGUUCCGGAGAUAACUCGCUCAGAAGAAGUAGGGUGACGUCAUCAAUGGUAAAUCUGUCGGGCACUGGUGGUGCCCCAUCCCGGAACACAAUGCGAAAAUCUUCCGAUUUUGGCGGUUCAACGGGCAGUUUACAGAGAACUAAGCGUUUAAGUAAUUCAUCUUCUAAUAUAACGAACAACCAAUCAAAGUCUCGCUUGCCGCCAUCUACACCUACUAGGGGCAUGAACUCUUCCUACAGCUCCCCUCGGACUUCACAAUCCCCUUCGCCAUACUCCCGCUCUAAAACUCCACAACCGACUCCCACAUAUGUGCCACGAUCAAACACUCCUACUUCAAGGCCAUCUACGGGCACUCCACGAACACCCAUGACUCCUAAAACAUCAACUCCAGUUCGAUCAGGGAGGACAACUCCCACAUAUAGCGCUAGCGGAAGAGUCACUCCUUCCGGAAGAACCACGCCUUCAGGUCGGACAACACCAACUAUGCAAAAUGGUCAAAGUGCGAAUACAAUAAGACGUCUUCCAUCAACACCAAAGGGUCCGAGAUGAUCCGAAAGUUAAAAUUAGAUCUUAUGAUAUUAUUUUUUACAUAUAGUUGUUCGAUUUGCAAGAUGUCAAGGUAUACUAUGUAAUGAAUCAGCGUCUAGAUAUUAUGGUACUAUAGAGCGUCAUUACACGUACCUGUACAAUCCUUUAAAUGCGCGGUACGUAGUAAACCUUGUAUUCAUUGUCACUGUCUCCAUUCCAUAUCAAGGGACCAAUUCAACUCUACCAAGCUUUAUAAUACACACCAUAUGACAAUGCUGUACAUCUGAAGAUCAAAUAUCUAAAUUUCAGAGCAAAUUUUGAUUUACUAGUAUUUUUUUGUAUUUAGCAUUUAUUUAAAUUGGGCUGCUCGUUAUAAAUGCAAUUUCUUUGUUUUGAAUCACAAUUCUAAUCAAAAUUUCGUUGCUGAAUUUAAGAGUAUAUUUUUCUAUAAAGAAAUCACACACACCAGCUUUUAACGUUGCAUGAGAAAUCACUAAAAUUGAUAUUUUUAUAUGAAGAGAGAUUGAAUGUUUUUUUAUUGUACAUAAACUUUCAUUUUCAUUUGUCAUCAUCAUUAAUAAUCUUAUUAUGCGAGUACACUUUAAUCAGGGGGAGAGAGGAGUGAGUCUGUAUAUUUGUAUGAUAUAUCAGUGAAUAAAGAAUAUCUUAAAUAUGAA